AGAUAAGAAAAGAUACAUCGUUAUCAAAAACUAAAAUAAAUCUGUCUUUUUAUCUAUACUUGGUAGCUGUUUAUAAUAUCAGUACCUACGAUGGUGAAGAUAAGUGUGCAGUCAAAAUGGUGCUUUAGUCAAUGUGGAAGUAAAAAGAAACAUAACGUGAAAUCAAUUUGAUAUUUUUAAAAUGGUAUUAGGGAAACAGGUGGACUUCAAGUAUUUUAUACUGGUGUUAAUAUGUAUUACAAUAUUGGUAUGUGUAUAUCAACAAGACAAUAUAUUUUCUCGAAUCGAAAUUGGCGAAACCCUAGAAUUAGUAGAGAAAAAAAUCGACUUAGGAGUAUUUACUAUAAAUACCCCUGGAUGCAAAAUACCAUAUUUUCAACCUUUUGAUAAAAAUAUUUUAGAUUAUUUAGAGCAGCCAGGCACAUAUGUUUGUAAUAAUGGUACACCAGCGUUAUUCGAAUCAGAUAGAGAUUCCAUAAAAUUGAUAGACGAUUCAUUACCCUUUUACAAUGUAACGAAUAUAAAUAAUCUGACAUGUUGUUACAAAACAUUCUGGAGAGAGGAUCCUGCUGAUGAUUCGUCAGACAAUAAAAUAAGCUAUAGUAAAGACUGUCAAACAUUUGUUAAUAAAACUAAAAUAGAAGAAGAGUUUAUAAAAGUUACGUGUAAAUACGAUAAUAGUGAUAUUUAUAAUGAUAUGUUUGUUUUCGUUUCUACAAAAAAUUUGUCAGACGUAAAGAAAGAUCUGAAUGAAAACGAUUCUAAUUUAAAUGUUCUAGUGAUAGGCCUAGAUGCCAUUUCGAGAUUAAAUUUUCAUAGACAGAUGCCAAAGACAGUAAAUUAUUUGAAACAAAUUGGUGCCGUUGAAAUGAUAGGAUACAAUAAAGUUGGAGACAAUACGUUUCCCAAUCUAAUUCCAGCAUUAACAGGACAGCAUGAAGAGGAAAUCAAGAAGGGUUGCUGGCCAACUGAUAAUCACCAUUUUGAUAAUUGUUCGUUCGUAUGGAAGGACUACAAACAAAAAGGUUAUGUAACAGCUUUUGACGAGGACUCAUCAUGGAUGGGAAUCUUUAACUAUCAAAAGAGAGGUUUUAAAAAACAACCAACGGAUUAUGGCUAUAGUUAUUUUGAUAGAGAGGCUACAAGCGAGAUAGGAAAUAUUCACUUUGGAAAUGUUAAACUUUGUCUAGGAGCAAGAAAGGAUCAUCUAAAUAAUACAGUUCUCUUCGUUAUGAGCGACCAUGGGAUUAGAUGGGGAGGAAUAAGGAGCACAUUUCAAGGAAUGAUGGAAGAAAGAUUACCGUUCUUACAUGUGUAUCUUCCAGAAUGGUAUAGACAAAAGUACCAACAACAUUACAGUAAUUUACAAAAAAAUUCGAUACUUCUAACAACACCCUUUGAUUUACACGCGACUCUUGUUGAUUUAUUAAAUAUAGAAAAUAUUGAUAAUAAUAAUAGUAGUACCAAUACGUCCAGAGGUGUAAGUUUACUAAGAGGAAUUAGUGACAGUAGAACAUGUGAAGAUACAGGCAUUGUCAGUCACUGGUGUACAUGCCAAAAAAGUAUAGAACUUAAUGUCAAUGAUAAAACUAUAAAGACUGUAGCUGAUUUCUGCGUUAACUAUAUUAACGAUCUACUGUCUGCACAUUCUAAAUGUGCAGAUUUAAAGUUAGAUCGCAUAUUGAGUGCAAGAGUGAUGGAGCAUAGUAAAGAAAUAACAGGAGACUAUCAGGUAUCAGAUUACAUGUUAAGUUUUACAACAGUUCCUGGAAAUGGUUUAUUUGAAGCUACCGUAAGAUAUAUGUCAGAGGCUAAAAGUUACAGUAUUGUAGGUUCAAUUAGCAGAGGAAACCUGCUGAACUUGAAGUAUUUUAUUCUUGUGUUAAUAUGUAUUACAAUAUUGGUAUGUGUAUAUCAACAAGACAAUAUAUUUUCUCGAAUCGAAAUUGUCGAAAAUCAAGUUGUAGUGGAGAAAACAGUUGACGUAGGAGUAUUUACUAUAAAUACCCCUGGCUGUAAAAUACCAUAUUUUCAAGCUUUUGAUAAAAAUAUUUUGGAUUAUUUAGAGCAACCAGGAAAACAUGUUUGUAAUGACGGUAUACCAGCGUUAUUUGAAUCAGACAGAAAAUCUAUAAGAAUAAUAGAAGAUUCAUUACCCUUCUAUAAUGUGACUAAUAUAAAUAAUUUGACAUGUUGUUACAAAACGUUUUGGAGGAUAGAUCCUGAUGAUGAUGCUGCAGACAAUAAAAUAAGCUACAGUAAAGACUGCCAGACAUUUAUUAAUAAAACUGACAUUAAGGAAGAAUUUAUAAAAGUUACAUGCAGCUACAACAACAGUGACAUUUAUCACGAUAUGUUUCUUUUCGUUCCUAUAAAAAAUCUGACAGACGUAACAAAAGAUCUUGAUAAAAACGAUUCCUAUUUAAAUAUUCUAGUGAUAGGCUUAGAUUCUAUUUCUAGAUUAAAUUUUCAUAGACAGAUGCCAAAAUCACUAAAUUAUUUGAAACAAAUUGGGGCCGUUGAAAUGAUAGGAUAUAAUAAAAUUGGAGAAAAUACGUUUCCGAAUGUAUUAGCCGCAUUAGCCGGCAAACAUAUAGAGGAAAUCCAGAAGGAUUGCUGGCCAACUGAUAAUCACCACUUUGAUAAUUGUUCGUUCGUAUGGAAGAGCUACAGCCAAAAAGGUUAUGUAACAGCUUUUGACGAGGACUCAUCUUGGAUGGGAAUCUUUAAUUAUUUAAAAAGAGGCUUUAAAAAACAACCAACGGAUUAUGGUUACAGUUAUUUUGAUCGAGAGGCUAUAGGCACCAUAGGAAAUACUGGCUUUGGAAAUGUUAAACUUUGCCAAGGUGCAAGGUGGGUACAUAAAGACCAUUUAAAAUAUAUGACCAACUUCAUUCAAACAAUGAAAGAAAAUUCAUUAAAAUAUUUCGGUUUCUUCUGGGAGAAUAGCAUAUCUCAUGAUGAUCUAAAUUUACCUAGAAUCGGUGAUGAUGAUUAUUAUUCUGUAUUUAAAUAUUUACAAGAAAAUGGCCAUCUUAAUAAUACAGUCCUCUUCGUUAUGAGCGACCAUGGGAUUAGGUGGGGAGGAAUAAGAAGCACAUUUCAAGGAAUGAUGGAAGAAAGAUUACCGUUCUUAUAUGUGUAUCUUCCAGAAUGGUACAGACACAAGUACCAACAACAUUACAGUAAUUUACAAAAAAAUUCGUUAGUUUUAACAACACCCUUCGAUUUGCACGAGACUUUUGUUGAUUUAUUACAUAUUGAAAAUAUCGAUAAUAAUACGAAUAGUACCAAUAUGUCCAGAGGUGUAAGUUUACUAAGAGGAAUUAAUGAAAAUAGAACGUGUGAUGAUACAGGCGUUGUCAGUCACUGGUGUACAUGUCAAAAGAGUAUAGAACUUGAUAUCAAUAAUCAGACUAUUAAGACUGUAGCUAAUUUCUCUGUUAACUAUAUAAACGAUCUACUCUCUGCUCAUUCUAAAUGUGCAGCUUUAAAGUUAGAUCGCAUAUCAAGUGCAAGAGUAAUGGAGCAUAGUAAAGAAUUAACAGGGGAUUAUCAGGUAUCAGAUUACAUGUUAAGUUUCACAACAGUUCCUGGAAAUGGCUUGUUUGAAGCUACAGUGAGAUAUAUGUCAAAAGCUAAUAGCUACUCUAUUGUAGGUUCAAUUGGUAGGUUAAAUUUAUACGGCGAACAAAGUGCUUGUAUUUCAGAUUAUGAGUUAAAACUAUACUGUUAUUGUACUACCUGAUAUAAUAAAAAUUAUAAAAAUAUUGGC